GCAGAUAUAUAAGAGGCACGACCAUACCAUGACGGGACCCUCACGGACUGGAAGAUCAGGACAAGCACCGUCUACCAUUGCUUCCAACCCCCCAGCAGAAAUCAUCAACUCCCCAAGGGAUAUCUGAAUAGGAAAAAAAGAGGAAAAAUGGUUCUCGCAACGCAUGUCGACGCGGAGGACAUCGUCCAACGACUCCUGGUCUCCCACAUUACAUCCCCAGGCCAUACCAACCUCCUCAACGCCGGGAGGGUCUCUCAUACUCACUAUCAGCCCUUCGAUAGCCAAUACAGCAGCCAAGAGAAUUUCCCUAAAUAUAAAAUCCCCACCGAUGGCGCCCCGGCCGAUACAGUCUACCAGUUUAUCCACGAUGAGUUGGACCUGGACGGCAAGCCUAAUCUUAACCUCGCCAGCUUUGUGAGCACCUUCAUGGAAGAGAACGCCACCAAGCUCCUCGAAGAGAACAUCUCCAAGAAUAUCGCCGACGCAGACGAGUACCCGGCCCUGUUGGACAUCCACCAGCGCUGCAUCAGCAUCAUCGCCAAUCUCUGGGCCGUCCAGCCGGGUGAGCGCGCCAUCGGCUCCGCCACCACCGGCUCGUCCGAAGCCAUCCACCUGGGCGGCCUCGCCAUGAAGCGCCGCUGGCAGGAACGCCGCCGAGCCGAGGGCAAAGACGCCCUCCACCCCAACAUCAUCAUGGGCGCCAACGCCCAGGUCGCCCUGGAGAAGUUCGCCCGCUACUUCGACGUCGAGCCCCGCAUCCUCCCCGUCAGCGCGAAGAGCCACUACCGCCUCGACCCGGAACUCGUCAGACAGAAUGUCGACGAGAACACCAUCGGUGUCUUCGUCAUCAUGGGAAGCACCUACACCGGACACUACGAGCCCGUCGAGGAGGUGUCCAAGGUGCUGGACGAGUACCAGGAGCGGACCGGCAUCGACAUUCCCAUCCACGUCGACGCCGCCUCGGGCGGUUUUAUCGCUCCCUUCACCGACGUGGGAGCAGGAGGUCCAAAGUGGAACUUCGAACUUCCCCGCGUCAAGUCCAUCAACGCCUCUGGCCACAAGUUCGGCCUCGUCUACGCCGGCCUAGGCUGGAUCAUCUGGCGCGAUGAAUCGUUUCUCCCAGAACACCUCAUCUUCGAGCUCCACUACCUCGGCGGCACGGAAAAGUCCUUCACCCUGAACUUCAGCCGCCCGGGAGGCCAGGUUAUCGCCCAGUACUUCAACCUCGUCCACCUCGGCCAGCAGGGCUUCCGCAACAUCAUGGAGAGCUCCCUCGCCAACGCUCGCCUGCUGGCCGACAGCCUCGAGGCCACCGGGUGGUACACCGUCGUCUCCGACAUCCAUAAGCGACGCGAGAAGGCUCACGUGGGAGGAACCGUCGAGUCGGCCAUCAAGAAGGCCAAAUCCGCCGUCGGGUCGCAGAAGCCCGAACCCAAACACGGCGCCGGUGACGUUGCCGCCACCGCCUCCCCGUCUCUCAUGGGAGGAGCCGAGUCAUCCGCCGACUUCGUCGCCGGCCUGCCCGUCGUCGCCUUCCGGCUGAACAACGACUUCAAAGCCAAGUACCCGCACAUCGAGCAGGAGACCAUCUCCCUGAUGCUGAGGGCCAAGGGCUGGAUCAUACCCAACUACGCGCUGCCGCCGAACGAGAACCAUAUCGAGAUCUUGCGUGUCGUGGUGCGCGAGUCCAUGACUUUCGAUCUGCUCGAGAGACUCGUUACCGACAUUGCCAGCGUGACGGAGACCCUCAUGAGCAAGGAUCAGAUCGACCUAGUAGUGUUGCAGGAGCACCACGCAUGCCAUCGUGGCCCGGUAACCAAGCGGGAGCAGAAGAAGAAGGAAGAGGAAAGAGCCGUGGGAGGCGCGGCGCACAUAGAGGAGCCACGGAGGAAGAGGAUGGCGAACGGAAUUCACCGGUCUGUCUGCUGAAGAGUUUCUUUUUAUAGUUUAGCCAGGGGAAGGGGAGGUAAAAGUGGUAAAAUGGGGAAAUUUCCAGACUGAAAUUGACCAGAGGGCUCAACCUCCAGAACGCCUAACCAUAAAAACGCCCAUGUCGUGUCAAUGGCAUCUCCCGAGUAUGCAAAACGCGCAAAAGAAUCUCUCCAGCUAGGUACGCAAAGAAACCUUCCUCCGUUCCCUGUACUCCUAUGAAGCGUGAGCCCAUGGUCCCCUUCAAUCCCGCCCAGCUAGGAUGGGUUCAAAGAAGACCCGUUCCAAAGAUCGCUGAACAAACCAUCUCCAUCUUGAUUUUCUAUACUUAUCCAUCAGAGUGUACGAAUAAUGACAUUCCUGAAUGGAAUGGCCGAGAAAAAAAAAAAAAAAAAAAAAACCCCC